AUGGAUUUUGGAGGAGACGUGCUAGGCUACUGGGGUCGAAACAUCGUCGAAGAUUAUGAUGGUGUUCUUCUCAAAAAGCUUCCUGGACUCUCCCGGGUUGGUCGUCAACAGACUCCGCAGCUACCGCUUUCCAAGGUUGGCUUUCGCAAGACGGGCCACCCAGUUGGAAUUUUAGGCGCAGGAGUUGGUGGUCUAUACACCGCUCUUAUGCUGGAUUCGCUGGACAUCAAGUACGAGAUCUUGGAGGCGUCGGACCACACCGGUGGCCGCCUCUUCACCUACAGGUUUCCGGAUAGCAAAGAAUAUGACUACUACGAUGUUGGCGCCAUGAGGUUCCCCUUGCCGCAGAAGGACAGUGAUGGCAAUUACAAGACCGGUAUUAUGAGGCGCUUGGGCGAGUUAAUCAACUACCCAAAGCUCAACGACGGUCAGGUACCUUUAAAGUCCACGCUUAUCGAUUACUAUUACAAGGCGAGGAAAGGAGGAUCUUUCCUCUACUUCAACAAUGAACGUUACCAAGUCUCUGAUACAUCGCGCCCUCCUGACUUCCGUGCCCGGGAAAUGGGUGUUGAGUCCGAGUAUGUCGCAGUGGGAGUAGAGAAGAUUGUCGACGACAUCAUUGAGCCAUUCGCCCGCAUGCUCAUAAACGAUUUGGAGAAGCAGGUCCAUAAGGGAUGGGACGUCAUGAAGGAGAAUGACGCAUACUCCCUUCGCGCAUACAUGUCGUUCAAGUACAUUCCCAGCGUCAGCCUCGAACUCCCGCCCAUGCAUCUUGCUACCAACGUUAUCAAUUGGUGCGAGACAUUCGACAACAGCACCGGCUCGUACGACCGCGGUUUAACUGAAGCGGUUCUCGAGUCGCUGGCGUUCGCAACGGCCGGGUCGGAAAUCAUCGGAGACGUAGAAUGGAAGUGUUUCAAAGGCGGUUCUCGCGUACUCAUCGACUAUAUGACGGACUACAUCACUGCUAAGGGCACCAACGAUCUCAUCAAGUUCAAUAAGAGCGUCACAAGCAUCUCUCAGGGGGGUGAAGAUACCAUGGAGGUUUCUGUGAGGGGCGAAUCUAGCCGCACAUAUUCACAUGUUAUAUCGACCAUCCCUCUGCCGGGCCUGCGGACGAUUGAUCUCUCUGGUGCUGGUUUAAACCUACAGUACGGUCCUUCAAUCAAAGUUGGGGUCCGCUUCCAAUCAGCCUGGUGGACGGACCGAUUCGGUAUCGUAGGAGGCCAAUCAUUCACUGACCUUCCCAUUCGAACUAUCGUCUACCCCUCUUACGGGGUCGAUUCUAGCUCACCAUCCACAGUGCUAAUUGCGAGCUACUGUUGGACAAAUGAUGCAGAACGCUUAGGAGCGCUCAUCAGCACCGGUAAAACAGAGUACAUCGAGCAGCUAAAGGAACUCGUGCUGCGCAAUCUUGCAGAAGUACACAACAUCACUUAUGAUUUCUUGUUGAGUGAGUACUUGGACAUCCAUGCAUGGGACUGGAACUACGACCCGCUCACCAUGGGUGCCUUUGCGUACUUUGGGCCUGGAGAUUUCCAGGAUUUAUACACGGCUCUCAGUGUUCCAAAUGCUAACAAGAGGUUCCAUUUCGCUGGAGAAGCCAUCAGCACCCGUCAUGCGUGGGUUGUUGGUGCGCUGGAUAGUGCAUGGCGCGCAGUGUACGAAUACCUGCUCGCUUCUGGACAGCCUCAAACUACUAUUGAAAAAUUCUUCAAUCUGUGGGGCAAGAACAUCGAGUGGGUAUGCCCAUCAUCCUGGUAUGUUGAUGAAGGGCGGAGUACAGAGGAUCCGAACACGAACACCAUGUUACGAGUCCACAUGGCAUGCACAUAUGCUGGUGAAACAUCUGGAGAGGUGAAGUUCUGA